UUAAAUCAAUUCCUCAAUGGAACCGGUAUUACGUUUGGCUGAUCAAUGAGCUGGUGGAAUGACUGUAGGGGAGAAAUCACUGCACUAUGUUGUGCGGGUAAAUCUGCUCCUAAGGACAUAUUCCAGGCUCACCAGCAGCAAUAGCAGGAGCAGCAGCAGCAGCAGCAGCAGGAGCAGCAACAGCGAGGAGCCAGUGAAAAUGGAUUAUACGGUGUAUCAGAUGCCGCACAGUCAAUUGAAAUCGCCACCCAUAUUGCUGUUGCAUGGCUUGAAUAUGAACCGUUCCAUUUGGCGUCGCACUGCCCGACAUUUGGCGAAGUUGGGAUCACGAUGGGUGAUCGCCGUGGAUGCACGCAAUCACGGCGACAGUCCGCAUAGGUCGCGGCAUACGCCAGAGAGCAUAGCUGCCGAUGUGGAGGCUUUUAUAUCGGAUCACAAACUGGGACGCGUCGUUGGUCUGGGACACAAUAUGGGCGGGCGAGCGUUGAUGACGCUGGCGUUGACCAGGCCGGAGCUUGUGGAGCGUCUGGUGGUUGUGGACAUAACGCCGGGACCGCUGCCCCAAAUUGUGCUUGGGACAUUGGAGUUGCUCAGGCUCAUGCUCAGCGUAGCUCCGAAAAUACCCAAGCACUUAACCCUCGACGAGGCCCAGAGAUCCAUAAUACCUGCAUUCAGUAAACUUGUGAAAAACGAUCUUUAUCUGCUGCGGAUCAUUCAGAAUCUGAAGAAGCUGGAGAGCGGCACAUUCGACUGGAACGUCAAUGCCCAGGCCAUUAUUGAUAGCUGGGAGGAGUCUAUGGUCAACUAUGAGCAGACUCUCUCUCACCUGGAGCCCUAUCAUGGUGAAACACUGCUCAUUGCGGGCAAUAAAGUCAAGUGUGUGACUCCAGCGAAUGUUGAGAUUAUGCGCACCUAUUUUCCCAAUUUGCAAGUUGAGCAUUUGGAUGCGGGGCAUCAAGUUCACUUGGAUCAGCCACAGCAGCUUGUUCAACUAGUUGUGAAUUUCACCAGAAGUUGCACGCAUUGUUUAGACUAAUAAAUUAGUGAGUGAAUUGGUUGCUGCUUAUAA